AUGGAGUGUCUUCGACAAAUCUUCCGCUGCUUCAAGGCACCAUUCACCCGUGACCAGGGCCAAAUCAUCGAAAUUGGUCCUCCCACCAACUUUCGGAAGGAAGAACUGCCCGCGUGCUUCUCGGAUGCCGAGUCAGUUUUAUCGCCCAACCAAAAUGCAACCGAGCGACCCAAUCUGACCACCCAGCCACAGCACGUUGACAUCUCAGAACAGCGGAGCAACGAUGGAGAAGGACGAGAUGACGAUCGAGAUGGCCGCACUCGCCCGUCAGCCGUCGACCAAGAAGAAAAUCCAGAAUCGCGUCAGGAAGAUGAGCGUCAGACUGACAAACCCCGCCUCCGAGACCGCAUGAAGCCCUCUCGGUGGUUCAAGUCGACUGCACCCAACGACCCUGAAACAGAGGUCGCGAGUGAGGACGGACUGUUCACCACAGCGAAGGAAAGACCGAAGGAUCACUAG